AUGAGUAUCAGGAGAAGCCAUAAGGAUGACAAACAAUACGAAUGGUUUGUGAGUCAAGUGUGCGUGGAAAAAUCACUCAUAUUCAGAAGUAACACCCCUUAUCCUACUGCUACCAUUACUGUCCCUGGUGGACAUGAUCUGCUGUUCUGUGUGCAGCUGGAUGACUCAAAGCUGAACUAUUUCCAACCUUUACCGGGUGAGUUGAAAGAAAAUAGCAAUCAGUUUGUAGCUACAUUUUUACUAAAGCUGUCUGCUGGUGAUCCAAUUGUAAUCUACUUUGAUUCAUCAUCUGUACUGAGCACACUUAGACAGCCAGUAAAAAUGGGAGCCGGUGGACUUUGUGUUGAUGGAAAUCCUGCUGGCUUCCUGGACAGUAAAAGCACAAGCUGUACUCGGAUUUUUGCCAACUUGAGCAAGAGCUGCGUUACCGACCCUGCACUAGAUGCUGCCUCCUACUACCGUGACUUCACUGUGCUAAAGGUCCCAAUUAAUGACACCAUUGUGGAGUCCAUGAAGGUAAAGGUCACUGCAGUUGCACCACCUGGAGCUCCCCACAUGAAAGACAACAUAUGUAACAACGUUGUUUCUGAGGUGAUCUAUGAGAUAGAAUUCAGUGGCACACAUGGGAUCCAGAGCGUUUCUGUCCAGUUCAAAGUGAGCAACAUCUCUGGGGACUCAGGAUCCUCUCUGCAGCAGCACUUCACGUUGCACUUCUGGACCAGGACUCUUUCUCAUAUGUUGCCUAGAAGUGGAAACCCUGGCUAUGUCACUGGAGCACCACUGUUGAUAGCAAACAGUGGUGCCAUACAGCAUAUGAGCAUUUUACGGAGCGAAGGUGAUGGAAGUUGCUCACAGUUCUUCAGACACACUGUACAAUUUGGAAGAAAUAUCAGGACAGGCUGCAAGCUCAGCCUGUCCCCAAUACUGGAAGAAAGUAACUGUAGUUACAUUCAGCAGAAGUUAUACCAGGCUCUUCAGGGGAUGAACAGAGUAUGGGACCUUGCUGUAACUGGCAGUGCUCGUUCAACCCAGAUAGAAGAGUGGAUAACCAUUAUGAUUCAGAACUGCAGUGUGCAGGCUGUGAAUUGCACUUCCUGUUGUGUGGUUCCUGUGACCCUGGAGAUACAGAUACUGUGGGCUCAGGUGGGCCUCCUGUCCAACCCACAAGCUCAAAUACUGGGUGCACGGUACUCUUAUCAGUGUCACCCCAUGAAGUUCCUAAGCACAAGCACAGUACCUUUGACAACUGUUGUUACCUUCACUGAGAUGACGGAAUGGCCAGAACCUCCACGAGGCCAGCCCCAAAUGCACUGGAAACUCCCAUUUGACAUCUUUUUCCCAUUCAAGGUGCCACUGAAUUUGGAAAGAAGCUAUAGAGGUGAUCUGGCUGGCUAUUUUUUGUUGAUUCUAAUAAUGUGUAGUAUUCUCUGCUUUUGA